AAUACCACGGCACGGCACGAGCCAGCCACGGGAAUCCGCUUGAUUGAAUUUUGUUUCGUUCAUUCAUACGAUUACGGAAAUCUAUUCACUUUUCUAUUAUUGUUGGGUGACAGAAGUUACUUUAAAAUAUUUUCAGAGCGUGUUAAUUAAUUUAUCUUAAUUGACGCAGUAUUUUUUAUCAAAAUUCAGUUUAAUACCUGUGCAAAGGAUCCGUUUUACAUUAUUUUUUGUGUCAAAAAAAUAGUGCACUUGCUGAUGUCUUGAAAUGUCAUCGUAUAUGGCAGGUGUUUUUGAUUUUGAUUUAGAUGUAGAUACGGUUACUGUUGGAGAUUCAGACGACGACGAUAUCAUUGAAGUUGAUGAGGUGGACUAUGAUCCUGAGUUACAUGUAAACAGUAUUGUUGAAGCUGAAGGGUCAGAAACUAUCCAACUGUCUGAAGAUACUGUAAAUCCCGGACAAUGCAAGCGCCUUGGGCCACAAGAUUUUGAGCUUCGAAAGGUUUUAGGCAAGGGCGGCUAUGGAAAGGUCUUUCAAGUGCGAAAAAUUACUGGGCCUGAUGCCGGUUCCCAUUUUGCUAUGAAAGUACUUAAAAAAGCAUCUAUAGUGCGCAAUCAAAAAGAUACAGCACACACUAAAGCAGAAAGAAAUAUUUUGGAAGCUGUCAAGCAUCCAUUCAUAGUGGAAUUAGUGUAUGCUUUUCAAACAGGUGGUAAAUUAUACUUAAUCCUAGAGUAUUUAAGCGGAGGGGAAUUGUUCAUGCAUUUGGAGCGUGAAGGCAUAUUUCUAGAGGACACAGCAUGCUUUUAUUUAUCAGAAAUCAUCUUGGCUCUAGAACAUUUACACAGUCUGGGGAUUAUUUAUCGAGACCUGAAACCAGAGAAUGUACUUUUGGAUGCUCAAGGACAUGUGAAACUGACAGAUUUUGGCUUAUGCAAGGAACAUAUUCAAGAGGGAAUUGUUACACACACUUUUUGUGGCACAAUUGAAUAUAUGGCACCAGAAAUUUUGACACGAAAUGGACAUGGAAAAGCUGUAGAUUGGUGGAGCUUAGGUGCCUUGAUGUAUGACAUGCUUAUUGGUCAGCCGCCAUUUACGGGAGACAAUCGUACCAAAACAAUAGAAAAAAUAUUGAAGGCUAAAUUAAUGUUGCCGGGCUACCUUACACAAGAUGCCCGGGACUUGAUAAGGCGUUUGAUGAAGCGUUCUGAGACACAACGCUUGGGUGCAGCUGGGGCAGCCGCUGUCCGAGGCCAUGCUUUCUUCAAGCAUGUGCACUGGGACGAUGUGUUCAAUCGAAGACUGGAACCUCCAAUUAAACCUAGACUGACCAGUGAGGACGACGUCUCUCAGUUCGACACGCGAUUUACCCUACAAACGCCCAUUGAUUCUCCUGAUGAAUCUACCCUUAGCGAAAGUGCCAACUUAAUGUUUCAGGGCUUCACGUACGUGGCGCCGUCCGUCAUGGACGAGAUCCACAAGCCGCGCGUGAUCACGGCGCGCUCGCCGCGGCGCCCGCGCCCGCACCACCACCACUUCGCCGCGCCCGCCUCGCACUCCCACCAGCAGGAGGACCUCAUGGAGGUCCAGGGGCUACCCAUCAUAUACCACAGGACAUCCACUGCUGGACAUAGGUUCCAAUGAUUUCCACAUCGCCCGGUUGGUAGCGGCCUGCAUCCAGCGUCUUCCUGCUAUCUUUACGAGGUCGUCGGUCCACCUUGUGGGUGGACGUCCCACGCUGCGGUUUCUGGUACGUAGCCUCUACUUCAGAGGGGUGAGUGUGAGUUUACAUCAAACUUCGCGCGCUAAAAAAAAAUUAAAAUUUUAGUUCUUGAAAGUUUCCGCUAGGGGCGCAGUCACUAGUGAAGACGUUUGACGUAAACUCACACUAAGCCCCCAGAAUUUUGCUGCCCCAUCGGCCGUUAGUUCUGCGUACUAUGUGCCCUGCCCAUUGCCACUUCAACUUGCUAAGCUAAUCCGUCGGGCUAUAUCGUGUCGUAAUAUGUGAUAUCAUGUGAUGAGCAAGGCUACGACUACUGACCACCAAACUAUGGGUUCAUUCCCAUAAAAAAGUUUUUUUAUAUUCCCUUGCCUCGAGAACUAAGCAAAAAGUAUCCUUUGUGUCAAACAGUGGACAAGUGUAAAUAUUCAAUAAACGCACCAAAUAAUGAUCCAGCCGUUCUUAUUGUUUCAGAUACACCAUAAAAUUAUUCAUUAUUGCAUAACUUUUUAGUCUAAUUUAUUUUUUGGUGUAUCUGCAACUUGGCUUAUAGUGGAUAUUUCGAUAUUAUUUGUGUAAUCAUCAAUUAUGGCUAUUUUUUAUUUUGUGUGGAAUAAAUACUACGUACUCAAAAUUUAGUGUUUAUAAAAAGUGGCUGAAUGAAAAGGAAACUGCCGUAUAUUAGAAAUUGAAUUAACUUGAUAAUAAUAUGAAUUAUAAGUCAUGGUAAGAUUAUAAAGAAGAUAAUGUGGAUUACAAUAUAGGUAAAUAGAAUUGUCCUGUAGUGUGAAUAAACUAUAUUAACAUAAUAAAUAAUUAUAUACAUAUUUAUAAUUAUGUUCUAAAUAAUAUACAGGUACAAAAUAAAAAUGUAAUAUGGUGUUCCUCAGGAAUAAUUGGUCAUGUUAAUUGAUAACUUACAUAUGAGUGAGAAUAGCCAGGACUUUCGAGCGCGAUUGGGCUCAUGAGUAUUGGAAAAGUGACGUAUAAAUUGUAUGGAUUGCUGAUAAUCUAUUAUACGGCAUAAUAGAUGUAUCAGCAAUCCAUAAUACAAAGCAAUAGGUAACAUUGUUGCCGAAUACCCCAAAUGUCACAUUUCUGAUUCGAAUGCAGCGAAUCGGAUUGAAGAGUAAACGGUGGUACUAGAAAAUGAUAAGUAAAGAUACCUUCCAAUAAUAGUCUGUUUUGUUGUGCCCUUUUUAUAGAUUUUCUAAUUUAUUUUUACGAGUUUAUGUGAUGGUAAUCUGUAUGGUUGUUACUUACUACACAAACAAAAGAUUGCAGGAUCUUUAUAAAUUAUGCUAUUUGUUUCUACUAACUUGCCUAUUUACUUUCUCCAAUUUACAAAAUCUGGCGUUAUCUGAACUUUCUGACUGAACAUUUCAAACUUGCAAAACCUUUUAAUGUAUUUGUUAUUGAGCACUUCAUUUAAUUUUGUAAGAAUAAAGACACCAUGAAAAUCUGAUAUGCAUGUCAGAAACCUAUGAGUACUUACAAUAAGAUCGUCUGCGUAAAACCGACACAGUGAUGGCUUUUAAUUAAUUGUGUUCGACUAACAGCUAAUGUAAUUAUGGUAAGACAGGCUUAUUUACGUCUUCAAUCAAUCAUACAUUUUAUUUUCGCAUUAUUAUAUGAAUAGUUAUGUCUAUUAGUGAAAUUACAUUAUAGUUAAGUAAUAGUUUUAAUUUAAUAUUAUUUAAACUGAUUGUCAAAAUUAAAUUACGUAUUUUGCAUUAUUUUAAAUCAUAGUUGUCAUAUCACGACAAAAAUGACUGAAAACUCUUAUUUUCAGGCCUAUGGCAAUUCUCAAAAUAGUUGAUUUUACACUGAUUAUGAAUUCAACUACAAAAGAUGCCCCUGUACUGUCGGUAAUGAUAAUGGUACUGUUUUAUACAAUAUAUUAUUAAUAAAGAUUGUACAUUUUAUACAAGUUACCGUUUAGUCUAAUCUUUUAGUAGGAAUUAAUCACUGUAAUAAAAUGUUCUAACCCCGACUGUAUGACAAAGUAAUAAUUUACAAUAUACCUUGUUACCAUGCUUCAUGAAUUGAAUUAAAAGGUCAUUUUUUAUUUUGUA